ACAACUGUAGCUUUCUUAACAGACAGAAGAGCCUUACAACCAGGAGCAGAAUAAAGGCCUUUCAACGUCUAACACAAUUUCUUCACUGAAAACAUAAUCAGGUAGGUCUAUUUUUUGUUGUUGUAAAAAGUUUAUUCCGGUGUGGUAUAGGAAAAGCGCUUUCAGGAAAACCGACUCUGUGCCACAUCAGUGUAAUGUUGCGGAGGUGUAGCAUAGUGGCAGCCGGACUGACGUCCUUUCAUAAAGAAAACGGCCUUAAAUUUAGAAUUCUUACUCGUAUCUUUGUUUAUGUGAAUCAAAGUAUAGUUUAUUUCUCAUUGUCUAAUGUGUUGUUUUGAAAUGGUCUGUGGCAACUGGGUUGAUAUGUUGUAACAUAUCCACUGUCCCUAAAAGUGACACGCACUUCAAAGAGAAAGAAUGUUAGGCCCACAUAGCUUGUUACAUUGUUUAACAGGGCGAUGUAUUUGCUUUUAUUUAUAUAUUGUUGUAAUUUUGGCAUGUUAGACAAAAAUGUAGCGAACAACUGCUGUGUCUGGUGGAAUAAGUGACAUAGAUUCUAGUUCUCAUACCAAUCAGUCUUUUGUAUAUUUGAAAAAUAGUCUAAUGGUAUACAUUAUCCAGCAAGUGAAAAUAUGUUUAACCUAAGGGAAAAUUUUAAUUUUUCUAGAAGCUUUUAAUUUUAUUGUUAGAAGCUUUAUUUAUUUUAUUGAUAGUGUUGCCCACUUGUCAGAUUGCUGCUCAUAUCUGACGUUUUUUAUUCAGUCCAGUAUCCAUGUUUAAUGUUUGGUUUUUGUUUCGCUCUUAGUCAGCUUAAUGUGACACAGUAUCACUUUUUGUUUCAGUUUUUCAUAAUGAUGCUUCAGCAUCCGGGAUUCAGCCUGUCCGACAUCAGCGCGUCAGCCUUGGUACCCUGCCUGUCCCCGCCUGGAACACUCACGCUCGAGGACUUCACCAACUUCACUCCCCUGGUAAAGGAGGAGUUGAGAUACGCUAUCCAGAACAAGCGGCUGUCCAACGGACUGAGCACCGAUAUGAGCGACUGUGUGAGCUCAAGUUCAGACAGAACGUCUGAAGCUCCAAGUGUCAAGAGGGAGGUAAGGAUGUCAACAUUAGUCGCUUACUGUAAUAUCUACUCCCCCUAUAAUGCCAAUAGUAAUUCAUACAUAACAUAAGGGCAAGUUCCUUUUUUGGUAUAUGCCUAUGUUUUAUGUUUUCACUGAACUGGGUGAGAAUUAAUUCGUAGAUGAGAUCACUGUGAUUACAGGUUUACCAACACAUUGUAUAGCCUACCAGACAUUAUUAAAUGAUCAGCCAUAUCAUUAAUUUGCCAGGAAGUUUGGUAUAUUAUUCAAGGUUGUUAAUUUGGCUGAUGUGUCAUUAACAGGAAACCCCAGAGGAAAGUGAGAGGAGGAAAAGAAGACGAGAAAGAAACAAAGUAGCUGCUGCCAAAUGUAGGAAUAAGAAGAAGGAGACAACUGACUGUCUUCAAAAGGUACGUUCAAUGUAUAUUUUACAGGGCAGUACAACAUUAUUAUGAUGGGGAGAGAGGAUUCAUAUGAAUCAGAGGCUGCCAGACUGUGUCAAGUGGUAUUUUGUGAUUUAUUAAGUAGACAUACAGUAUUAUAUUAUCUCAUAUAUUUAAUUAUUCAAAAGGUUUUUCGAAUAAAGUUAGGGCCUCAAGCAGCCUCAUUAAUGUGCCAUAAGGAUAAUUUCUAUUUAAUAUCAAAUUAUUUUGUGACUCUUAAUUGAAGAUAUUUAAUAAAUAAAUAGAUAAGGGCUCUAUAUAAAUGUCUGCCUCAAAACAGCAACAUAACACUCCAGUAUUUGCAUACAAACUAAAAUGCACUAAACAUAAUUGAGUUUUCAAAAUAAUGAACCAACAUGGGAGCUGUCAGUGACAGGAUUGAAUCAAACCACUAUUCCCUUCUCUCCUCCAGGAGUCUGAGAAACUAGAGUCAGUGAACUCUGAGCUGAAGGCCCUGAUUGAGGAGCUGAAGAACCAGAAGCAGCAGCUGGUCUACAUGCUGAACCUCCACCGGCCCACCUGCAUCGUACGGGCCCAGAACGGCCAGACCCCCGAGGAUGAGAGGAACCUGUUCAUCCAGCAGAUCAAGGAGGGUACCCUGCAGAUGGGACAGCUGGACCACCUCCACACCUCAGUGCCAACCACCUGUGGCCAUCACUGAUCCACACACUCCUGGGGGUAGUAGGGUACUACUCACUCACUCAGACAGACACUCACCGUCCUCUGGCAACUGUAUUGCACCUGCGUCAAGUGAAGGCUCUGUCGGGCCGGCAAAGCAAAGGAGCUUUGCGCGUCCCACUUCUAAACUAUGUGACUUAUGGGAUGGUGAAAAGAGAAAAGAGUGGACUGGACAGGACAAGGACGGACACCCUGUGUGCUACCUAGGGUAGGCUUGGGGUGUUCCGGCAAGUCGGGCGAAUGUCAAAGCACUAAAACAUAGAAAUACAUCCAAUGUGUUUAUUGUUUCCUUAAAUCUUUAACAUUGUUAUUCGAGGUUGAUGACUCAUUCUCUGUUUUUGUAUGAAAGCAUUAUGCCAAUAUAGUAAAGGCACAUGAUUUCACUGGUCAGUUGAGAUAGAUGCUUGUUGAGGAAAAAUACUUCUUGUUAUGACACACGAUUAAAGUGGAGAGAUAGUAAUAGCUGUGUGCUGUGUGACAUUAAUAGCUGUGUUAUUACUGUCAUAUAAGAGAAGAGGUUAUAGCUAGAAUGAAAGGCUCUUAUACAUUGUAUGAAGUGUUUGCUGUUGUGUUUAUUGAAUAUAUUCGGUAUUAGCUGUGUCUAUAGCUCACUUUCUUCCCCUUGACUUGCCUAACAAAAACCUCUGAAGCUGCUACUACUAACUCAGGAUAUACAGGUAUAGUUCAUAUCACAGGAACCCUCAUGUUAUAGGACAGUAAAGGGAGUGCAUGCAAUGACGAUUCACUCAGACAGCAUUUCAUCUAACUUACUGACAGACAAUGGCACUGUUAGCCCCGGACCUCCCUUAAUGAAAAUCAGUCAUUACAUCUCUGUAAACUGGUGUAUUCUGAAUAGGCCCUGAUUUCAUAGUGACCUGUAAUAUUUUCUCUUAAGUGUUGAAGAUAUGGUUGUGUGAUUCAUAUUAGAUUUUCUUCACCUAGAUAAAAGUGUGUAGUUACUGUAUACCAUAUAUGUAAACCAACUAACACCUCCUAUUGUCUUGUAUGUAUUAUUGAAGCUUAUAAAAUAGAACCACUAGGUAUCAGUAGCUAGAUGUCUAAGUGGAAUUAUUUAGCACUCUUCUUGUCUGAAGGUUUCACUUUAAAGUCAUGGAAGAUUACAUGAAUUGCCUCAGUGUUCGUCUGCAAUUACCAAGUCCUUAAGCCCACUGCCAAACCAGCCCCCCUCCCAUCAGUCCACAGGUUGUGCUGUGACAUCAUCACAAUACAGUUGCGCAACCAGAAACUCUGGUUAGCCUCAUUGCUCAAACAACACAUUUUUACGAUCAA